AUGGCCUUGCAGCGCUGGCAGGCAGAAAGUGGAGUGGAGUGGAAUAAUGGGAUGGGGAUGCGAUUCUGCCAUUCUGGUCAGGAACCAAGCCGCAGCCUUAGCGCUGAGCGAAGCCGAAGCGUCAUCAUUCCCUUCCCUCCCUUUUCCCCUUCGGGCCCUUCCAUACCUUCCAUCACCCAUGUCGCACGACCCCUGGCCAUCGCCAGUCUUGCCAGUCUUGCCAGGACAGGCUUCGUAAAGCGGCACGGCUCUGCACCAAACCAGCCACCAACAGACGAUGACUCCCCACGAUGCGCUCUGCGCUGUGCACCCAUCGUCGCACUCGGCUUCAGUCAGUGCUGCUGCUGCGAGGGGAAACCUGGCGGAGGACGACAUGAGCAUCCCUGGGUGAGACUCUCUAGUCAUCUCGUCCGCUCUUCGCACAGCUACGGUAGCUGGCCCUUUCCUCCGUGUCCAGCGCUCGAUCUCACCGCUGCAACGUUGGUUGGUCGUGGCCCCCGCCGUACGAGGAUUCCAUCCGGAAUGGCGGGAACAGCAAGACGACCAGCCCUUCGCCUUCGGGGAGUUAAGAGGGAGUCUCCUUGCCCCAGCGGCCCCCCUAUUGGCCCUAGCGAGGAUCAGCUGGACGGCGAGCGGGAUAUUGACGCUGCUUCAGCGACCGUGGUGCUGGGGCUCCUGGACAGUAUUGUUUCCUUUCUCCCGCACACCAGUAGUACUGGACUGCAACGGAUAGGAUCCCACGCCGUUGGAAUCCACUCCUCACCCUCGUCUAAAUUACCUUUGGCGGCCUCCUGGCCUGCAGGCGCCAAUGUGUGGGGAGUGACGCUGGCUCGGGAAUCGACGGAGCACCAGCGCGGUCCAGCACUCAGCAGCGCUUUCAAACACGCUGUGAUUUGAGGCAGGCCGUGAUGCAAGGUCA